AUGGUUUCUCAAACUGAAUUCGAACAAGCUGCUGCAACUAUUAAGACUAUUACUUCCGGACCAACCAACGAAGAAUUGUUGUUGCUCUAUUCUUUGUACAAGCAAGCUACUGUUGGUGACGUCAACACUGAACAACCAAGCAUCUUCAACAUGAAGGAAAGAGCCAAGUGGGAUGCUUGGAAGGAAAAGGAAGGUAUGUCCAAGGAGGAUGCCAUGGAGCAAUACGUUGCUUUGGUCAAUGAGUUGGUUCAAAAGUAUAAGAAAUAA